AUGGUCUCAGGAGGGGCCGAGAAGCGGCCAGGCACACAGGAGGAGACGGCCGUGGGGCCAGCACAGCUUGCGGAGGCGCUGGGUGGCUGCGCUCGGAGCUCUGAGUGUCCAGUGAUGGGAGAACAGUGCCUGGUGGCAGCCCAUGGGGCCUGCCAGACCCAGAGUGCAGACAAGUGUCCAGCAGGAUCAGUCUCAGAGCCAUUGCUCCAGCAAGAACGACUCAAGCUGGAGGAAGAGAGGCUCAAGCCAGAGGUGGAGGCACUAGAGGAGAGAGGCCCCAGGGCUAUGGGCUCUACUGUGAGGCCCAGUCAUGGUCUGAAGAGGAAGCUGGUCAAAGCCCUGGUCCUCCCAGGACCUAGUCACCAAGCCCAUCCUAGGGCUGAAGCUGAGCUGCUACAGGGGCUGCCGCUGCAGAGGGAGGAACCAGAGAGUAGCCAGAGUGAGCCAUCACCGUCUGCCAAACAGCACAAAAAAGCCAAGAAGCGCAAGAGUCUGGGGGCCCCAGUGCUCCCAGCUAUGGCCAGCACAGUGUCUGCACCCUCAGAGACCAGGGGGCUGGAGAGAAAGGCCCAGCGCCUGAGGCCCCUGUACCAGUACAUCAACUAUUGCAACCCGGAGUUGAACCAGGCAGGGGAGGGGGACAGGGAGGCAGAGGCCGAGGUGGACCCUGAGUUGGAGCUGACCCUGGUUCCUGAGGAGGCAGGUGUGGAGCAACUGCAGGCCUUGCUGCACGUGGCAGGUGAGCUGGGCUCAGGCCUCACUUUGCCCUGCCCCAAUACAUUCGUGUUCCCCACCCAUGCUCUAGUUCCCCUGGGAAAGGAGGCUGGAGAGGAGCCUGGGGGUUUGCUCAGCUUGGGGGUCAGCGGCUGCCUCAAGGCUGAGGUGGAUAAGUCAACUCAAGUGGACAUUGACAAGAUGCUAAGUGUCUGCAUGGCUUCACUUGUACCCCCACUCUCUCCUCAGUACAAGUGA